UCACUUCACUUAUUAAGCUUUUAUGUCUAGUAUCUUCUCUUCCCUUCCCUACUCUAUAGUUGUGUUUGAAGAAUUAAUAACAAUUAAUAGAGAGAAAGAUGGAAGGAGGAAUGGUAGAAGCUGAUGCAUCUGCCUUCAGAGAAUGCUUGUCUCUCUCCCAUAAGAAUCCUUACGUCCUUCGCCUUGCUUUCUCCGCUGGAAUUGGUGGCCUUCUCUUUGGUUAUGACACUGGGGUGAUAUCGGGGGCACUUUUAUAUAUAAGAGAUGACUUCAAAUCAGUGGAUAGAGAAACUUGGCUACAGGAAGCCAUAGUGAGCAUGGCACUUGCAGGAGCAAUCAUAGGGGCGUCGGUUGGGGGAUGGAUCAACGACCGAUUUGGAAGGAAGAAAGCCAUUCUCAUUGCAGAUGCACUCUUCUUCAUCGGCUCUGUUAUCAUGGCUGCUGCUACCAACCCUGCUAUUCUCAUAGUCGGCAGAGUCUUCGUUGGCCUUGGUGUUGGCAUGGCUUCCAUGGCUUCUCCCUUAUACAUCUCGGAGGCUUCUCCAACCAGAGUUCGCGGCGCCCUUGUUAGUCUCAACGGCUUCUUCAUCACCGGAGGCCAGUUCCUCGCCUACUGCAUCAACCUCGCCUUCACCUCUGCUUCCGGCACUUGGAGGUGGAUGCUGGGAGUUGCGGCAGCUCCCGCUUUCAUACAGAUCGUCCUCAUGCUUCUCCUCCCAGAGUCCCCCCGGUGGCUCUUCCGGAAGGGACGAGAAGAAGACGGCAAGUCAAUUCUGAGGAAGAUUUACCCCCCGGAGGAAGUUGAAUCCGAAAUCAAUGCUCUCAAGGAUUCAGUUGAGAUGGAGAUGAAGGAUUCCGAAGCGUCCGGCAAGGUCAGCAUAAUCACACUCCUCAAGACCAAAACUGUGAGAAGAGGUUUGUAUGCGGGAAUGGGACUUCAAAUAUUCCAACAAUUUGUGGGAAUCAACACCGUCAUGUACUACAGCCCAACCAUAGUUCAGCUCGCUGGUUUCGCAUCCAACCGAACCGCGCUUCUUCUUUCACUCGUAACCGCCGGCCUCAACGCAUUUGGUUCAAUUCUCAGCAUAUACUUCAUAGAUCGCACUGGAAGGAAGAAGCUUGUGUUGUUCAGCUUGUCCGGCGUUAUACUGGCGCUGGUUGUUCUAACUGUUGUGUUCCAUGAGAGCGCCACUCACUCUCCCAUGGUUAGUUCAGUUGACACUUCCCACUACAACAACUACACUUGCCCUGAUUACAAACUUGGCGCCACCCCUGCUCACUGGGAUUGCACCAAGUGCCUCAAGGCCACUCCUCAUUGUGGUUUUUGUGUUUCACAAGUUAACAAGCUUGUGCAUGGGGCGUGUUUGGUAUCCAAUGACACCACAAAGGACGCGUGCCAGAAUGAAGGAAAGCUGUGGUACACGGAGGGUUGUCCUAGCAAAACAGGGUGGGUUGCACUCAUUGGAUUGUCACUCUACAUAAUAUUCUUCUCUCCUGGGAUGGGAACUGUGCCAUGGGUUGUCAACUCUGAGAUAUACCCUCUCAGGUACAGAGGAAUCUGUGGAGGGAUGGCAUCUACUUCAAACUGGAUCUCUAAUCUUAUUGUGGCACAGUCAUUUCUGUCUUUGACACAAGCCAUUGGGACUGCAUAUACAUUCAUGUUAUUCAUAUUCAUCACAAUUGCAGCCAUCAUCUUUGUCAUCAUCUUUGUGCCCGAGACCAAGGGGCUUCCAAUUGAGGAAGUGGAGAACAUGCUCGACAAUAGAACUCUGCAUUUCAAAUUUUGGCAGACCAAGAGAAGAACAUCUUACUCUGGAGUGGAACUCCGUCACAAGAAUCACCCAAUUAAUUAACAUUAUUGUGUUGUAAUUAUCUUGUUGCUGUAAGAUUAGCUAAAAGGACAGUUUUAUGGUAUUAACUAUUAAUAAAAAGGACAGUUUUAUGUGUAUUAAUUCUAGUUCAUGUAAUAUAAGGUAACAUUUGGCAGAGAGAUAGAGACCGAGAGACUGAUAUUGAGAGACAAAAAUUUAGAUAUGAAAUAAAUCUUA